CCCGCUCGGCCUCAGAGGCCGGCGCGCCUAGCUGCGCGCCGUGGCCCGACUCCCCGUUCGCUGGCUCGCACGCCCCUCGCCGCUCCUCGCCUGGCUCGUGGGCAGGGGCUGAGCGCGGGCGGGCGGGCGGGGGAGGUGAGGGGUGCUGGUGUGUGUGCAUGUGCCUGGCUGGGUGCACACCCCGCACGGCGGCGGCGCCAGGACGCGGAGCGCUCCCCGGAGCCCGGCUGCCUCGCUCGGCUCUGGCGGCCGCGACCAUGUUCCAGCCCACAGCCAAGCGCGGCUUUACCAUCGAGUCUUUGGUGGCCAAGGACGGCGGCACCGGCGGGGGCACUGGCGGCGGGGGCGCAGGCUCCCAUCCCCUGGCGGCGGCCGCCUCGGAGGAGCCGCUCCGGCCCACGGCGCUCAAUUACCCUCACCCCGGCGCGGCCGAAGCGGCCUUCGUGAGCGGCUUCCCCGCCGCCGCGGGCGCCGGCCGCUCGCUCUACGGCGGGCCGGAGCUCGUGUUCCCCGAGGCCAUGAACCACCCCGCGCUGACCGUGCACCCGGCGCACCAGCUGGGUGCCUCCCCGCUGCAGCCCCCGCACUCCUUCUUCGGCGCCCAGCACCGGGACCCUCUGCACUUCUAUCCCUGGGUGCUGCGGAACCGCUUCUUCGGCCACCGCUUUCAGGCGAGCGACGUGCCCCAGGACGGGCUGCUUCUGCACGGCCCCUUCGCGCGCAAGCCCAAGCGGAUCCGCACGGCCUUCUCGCCCUCGCAGCUGUUGCGACUGGAGCGCGCCUUCGAGAAGAACCACUACGUGGUGGGCGCCGAGCGGAAGCAGCUGGCCGGCAGCCUCAGCCUCUCGGAGACGCAGGUGAAGGUGUGGUUCCAGAACCGGAGGACAAAGUACAAGCGGCAGAAGCUGGAGGAGGAGGGGCCCGAGUCGGAGCAGAAGAAGAAGGGCUCCCACCACAUCAAUCGGUGGCGCAUAGCCACGAAGCAGGCCAGCGGGGAGGACAUCGACGUCACCUCCAAUGACUAGGGCGGGCAGCCACACCCCCACGAGGCCCAGUGCUGCUCCCUGCUGGCCAGGCCCCCCGGUGGGCCCAGCAGGACUCUGGCCACGCCUUGGCCGGGCUGCGUGGAGGCCUCAGGUCAGGGCCCCAGAGGGCUUGGAGCCUGGGGCCACCACCGACAGAGGGACGAGCGAUGGGCUGGCUGCGGCCCGGGACUGCUCGAGCGUCUCCUCAGAGCGCCUGCCUGUCCGAGCAGGCUGCCGGCCCCUCUCCAUUUCUCCUGUCGCCUUUUUGUUUUGAUGCAUUUCUGUUUUAAUUUAUUUUCCAGGCACCCACUGUAGUUCUUAGUGAUUCCCUUGUGUCUCCCUUCCCUAUGGGAAUAAUAAAAGUCUCUCUCUUAAUGA